AUGAAAACAAUUAUUAGUAAUAAUCGAGAAUUAUAUCGUAAAUUACGUGAUGAUUUUCGAGCUAAUUGUAAGUUAAAGACUGAACGAACAUAUAAAAAAGAUAUUGAAGUUAUUGCUGAAAUAUUUCGUCAUCAAUUAAUGUUUAUUAUAAAUCAACAACAAGAUUUAUAUAAUAAUGAUGAAUAUAAUUUUGAAAAUGGAACAUUAAUACAUUUAUCCGAUGUUUUAUUUACACAUUUAUUACCUAUUUAUAAUUUUCAUAUAGAUUUUCUUCGACAACGUAAACAACGAAUAUCUAUUUGGAAAACUCGUUCUAUAUCAGGUAAUGAACAUUUUAAUGUUUAUAAAAUAACUCAACAAAUAGGAGAUUUAAUUGAAAUUUUACCAAGAUAUGAACAUUAUAUAGAAAAUUAUGAUCGUUUAUUAUCAGAACUUGAAUAUGUUCUUAAACAUAAUCGACGUUUUGAUAUAAUUUAUAAAGAAUUCGAAUCGGAAAAA